GAAUCGAGUUUUGGACUAUAAAUUUUUGUUUUCCGCUGCGUUAUCCAAGCCUCGUUUCCCAACAGUGGUAUCGGAGCCGGCUUACGAAGUUACUAGUUUAGUAGUUUUUACCGUUAUUGUUUUUGUAGAUUAGUCAAUAAAUUUUGGAGACAAAAAUUUAACCCAUUAAAAGUUUAAUUAGGUGGCCAUAUUUAGAUACUGGACCUAAUAUAAUUUUGUUCAGUAAUUUUCGGAAUUACUGUUUGGGAAAUUUAAAGUAUUUUAUGAUUUUUAAUUAAAUUACUUGCUAGUUUAAUUAAUUUAUUGUUGAUAGUUUAUUCCGUAGAAUAGAAUAAACUAGGUCUGGGGCGAGCGCGGUUCGCCCGGUGUAUGCUUUAAUAUGUAUGAUGUGAUGCAUGUGAUGCUUGUAUGUAUUAUUGCAUGGUGGAUGAUUGUGGCUUAGUUAUAUUUGUUGUAAUUUUAAAUACGGCCUGCGUGUCGUGCCUCAUCUCUAUACUCUGGAUGUAAUUCUCUUCUUUACCUCAAAUAUUCUUUUCUCUCGAAAAUUAUAAGAAGAUAAGAAGACGAAGAGGAGUUGCAAAGGGCAAAUGUCAUCACUGUGGUAAGGCAGGCCACUGGAGAAGAAACUGCAAGACAUACCUCGCAACCAAGAAGAAGGAAGGUACGACCAUUUCUUCUGAGGUGUAUGUUAUAGAAGUUAACAUGUCUAUAUCUUCAUCAUGGGUACUAGAUACUGGAUGUGGGUCUCAUAUCUGUACUACCAUGCAGGGACUGAAGCAGAGUAGACGGUUAGCUCGAGGCGAGAUUGAACUCCGAGUCGGCAAUGGUGCACCUGUUGCAGCUUUGGCAAUCGGAACUUAUAGUUUAGUCUUGCCUAGUGGUCUAAUGUUGGAAUUAAACGAUUGCUUGUACGUUCCUGCAAUUAGCAGAAACAUUAUUUCUGUUUCAUGUCUUGAUAAGAGUGGUUUCAUCAUUUCUAUUAAAGACAAGUCCCUUUCCGUUUACAGAAAGAAUGUUUUCUAUGCUAAUGCCAACAUGACCAAUGGGUUAUAUGUCCUUGACUUGGACAUGCCUGUCUAUAACAUAUCAGCCAAGAGGAACAAACCGAACGGUUUGAACCAAACAUACCUAUGGCAUUGUAGGAACACCAUACCAGCUAUGGACAGGCAAAUGCCCGGUUCUGUCACACUUAAAGAUUUGGGGCUGUGAGGCUUAUGUCAAACGUCUUAUGACGAAUGGCAAGCUUGACGCUAAGUCUGAUAAGUGUUUCUUCGUGGGAUACCCAAAGGAAACUCGAGGGUAUUCAUUCUAUCACCCUAUCGAUAAGAAGGUAUUCGUUGCUCGCAAUGGUGUCUUCCUCGAGAAGGAAUUUCUCUCCAUCGCAACUAGCGGGAGAAAGAUAGAGCUCGAAGAAAUUCGAGACGACGAA